ACCGCUCCCUCCCUCCUUCCUGCUGGAAGCGCUGCCCGGCGGCGAGCCGCUCCAGUGGGGAUCUGCCUGCCCGGGGGCGCCGCCAGUGCUCGCCGCCGUGCCCUCGCUCGCCGGCCGCGCGGGUCCAAGUCUGUGUAGGCUCCCGCGCCUGCCCCGGUCGCCGAUGCUGCGGGUGCCUCCAGGGGAAGCUCCGGGCGGCGCGCUCGCUGGAUGCUAAAGUACUGGCGGACUGCAGAGGAGAGGGGUCGCGACUUCUCCUAAUGUGUUUGCCUGUAGGUACCUGAGCUGACACCGACGGUGCCUAAAGAUGCUGAGCGGCGUUUGGUUCCUCAGUGUGUUAACCGUGGCCGGGUUCUUACAGACGGAGAGUCGCAAAACUGCCAAAGACAUUUGCAAGAUCCGCUGCCUGUGCGAAGAGAAGGAAAACGUUCUGAAUAUUAACUGCGAAAACAAAGGAUUUACAACUGUCAGCCUGCUCCAGCCCCCUCAGUAUCGAAUCUACCAGCUUUUCCUCAAUGGCAACCUCCUGACGAGACUGUACCCCAACGAGUUCGUCAAUUACUCCAACGCGGUGACUCUCCACCUAGGUAACAACGGGCUGCAGGAGAUCCGAACCGGGGCGUUCAGCGGCCUGAAAACCCUCAAGAGACUGCACCUCAAUAACAAUAAACUCGAGGUGCUGAGAGAGGACACCUUCCUGGGCCUCGAGAGCCUGGAGUACCUCCAGGCUGACUACAAUUACAUCAGUGCCAUCGAGGCAGGGGCGUUCAGCAAACUGAAUAAGCUCAAAGUGCUCAUCCUGAACGACAACCUUCUGCUGUCACUGCCCAGCAAUGUGUUCCGGUUCGUCCUGCUGACCCACUUAGACCUCAGAGGAAACAGGCUGAAAGUGAUGCCUUUCGCUGGCGUCCUUGAACACAUCGGAGGGAUCAUGGAAAUUCAGCUGGAGGAAAACCCAUGGAACUGCACUUGUGACUUACUGCCUCUCAAGGCUUGGCUGGACACCAUAACUGUUUUUGUGGGGGAGAUUGUCUGUGAAACUCCCUUUCGAUUGCACGGGAAAGAUGUGACCCAGCUGACCAGGCAAGACCUCUGUCCCAGAAAAAGUGCUGGCGACGCCAGUCAGAGGGGCAGCCAUGCUGACACACACGUCCAAAGGCUGUCACCUACAAUGAACCCUGCUCUCAACCCCACCCGGGCUCCAAAAGCCAGCCGGCCACCCAAAAUGAGAAACCGUCCAACUCCCCGGGUCACUGUGUCCAAGGACAGGCAGAGCUUCGGCCCCAUCAUGGUCUACCAGACCAAGUCCCCUGUGCCCCUCACCUGCCCCAGUAGCUGUGUCUGCACCUCUCAGAGCUCAGACAAUGGUCUAAACGUAAACUGCCAAGAAAGGAAGUUCACUAAUAUCUCCGACCUGCAGCCCAAACCUACCAAUCCAAAGAAACUCUACCUGACAGGGAACUAUCUGCAAACUGUCUAUAAGAACGACCUCUUAGAUUACAGUUCUUUGGAUUUGUUGCAUUUAGGAAACAACAGGAUUGCAGUCAUUCAGGAAGGUGCCUUCACAAACCUGACCAGUUUACGCAGACUUUAUCUGAAUGGCAAUUACCUUGAAGUGCUAUAUCCUUCUAUGUUUGAUGGACUGCACAGCUUGCAGUAUCUCUAUUUAGAGUAUAAUGUCAUUAAGGAAAUUAAGCCGCUGACCUUCGAUGCUUUGAUUAACCUACAGCUACUGUUUCUGAAUAACAACCUGCUGAGGUCCUUACCUGAUAACAUAUUUGGGGGCACGGCCCUCACCAGGCUGAAUCUGAGAAACAACCAUUUUUCUCACCUGCCUGUGAAAGGGGUGCUGGAUCAGCUCCCAGCUUUUAUCCAGAUAGAUCUGCAAGAGAACCCGUGGGACUGCACCUGUGACAUCAUGGGGCUGAAGGACUGGACGGAACACGCCAACUCCCCUGUCAUCAUCAAUGAGGUGACCUGUGAGUCUCCGGCGAAGCACGCAGGGGAGAUACUGAAGUUUCUGGGAAGGGAGGCUAUCUGUCCAGAGAGUCCGAACUUGUCAGACGGAACCAUUUUGUCAAUGAAUCAUAACACAGACACACCUCGGUCACUUAGCGUGUCUCCCAGUUCCUAUCCUGAACUCCACACUGAAGUUCCACUUUCCGUCUUAAUUUUAGGAUUGCUCAUUGUCUUCAUUUUAUCUGUCUGUUUUGGGGCUGGUUUAUUCGUCUUUGUCCUGAAACGCCGAAAGGGGGUGCCAAGUGUUCCGAGGACUGCCAACAACUUAGAUGUCAGUUCCUUCCAGUUACAGUAUGGGUCUUACAACAGCGAGACUCAGGAUAAAACUGACGGCCACGUCUAUAACUAUAUCCCCCCACCUGUGGGGCAGAUGUGCCAAAACCCCAUCUACAUGCAGAAGGAAGGAGACCCAGUAGCCUAUUACCGAAACCUGCAAGAAUUCAGCUACGGAAACCUGGAGGAGAAAAAAGAAGAACCAGCCACUCUUGCUUACACUAUAAGUGCCACUGAGUUACUAGAAAAGCAAGCCACACCAAGAGAGCCUGAGCUGCUGUAUCAGAAUAUUGCCGAGCGGGUCAAGGAACUCCCCAGCGCAGGACUAGUCCACUAUAACUUUUGUACCUUACCUAAAAGGCAGUUCGCCCCUUCAUAUGAAUCUCGACGCCAAAACCAAGACAGAAUCAAUAAGACCGUUUUAUAUGGAACUCCCAGGAAAUGCUUUGUGGGGCAGUCAAAACCCGAUCACCCUUUACUGCAAGCUAAGCCGCAAUCAGAACCAGACUACCUCGAAGUUCUGGAAAAACAAACUGCAAUCAGUCAGCUGUGAAGGGAAAUCAUUUACAACCCCAUGGCAUCAAAGGAUGCUGCUCCAAACUGUUGGAAGCACGGCAUUUAUUUUUUUGUGUUUGUUUAUGUUCUCCCUUUUCCCAGUGUCAAUGGGGGACUUUGAAAAUGUUUGGGGGAUGGGGUGAAGCAAUGAUACUGCUUUUUCAAGCUUUCCUUUAAAUUAUUUCUCUCUUGCCCCCCCACCCCCUUUUUUCCUUUUCUCCUUAGGAGUCAUCAUUGAUCAUGAAUGUUUCUACGAUGCAUUUUUUUCAUAUAUUUUGUUUAUGGUUUUGUUUCUUUUUUUCUUUUAUUUUUUCCAGUGGGGGAUGGGGGAUGGGAAGAGGAGAUUGUAGUGAAUGAAGAAAGAGUAAGCAGACUUUUCAAGUGAAAAUGGCUAUUUAGUGUAUUUUGUAGAAGAUCUCCAAAGAUCUUUUGAGACUAUAAAUUCUUUUGUAAAUAAUGAUAUAUGGUAUUUCCAUCUUCACAUCUACCGAGUGUAGCCAGUAGGCAUCACUUCUUUGUGUUAAAGUGCCUUUGCACUUUACGUACAUUACUUAAAUGUUGCUUUUAGCUUUGAUAAAUUGAACAUAUUUUAAUGCGCUGUAUUUUUAAAAUUAAAAACACCGUAAAAUAGAUCUAAAUGUCAGCUAUAUUAAGUCAACGUACAGUUUGCUUGAGUUAUUGAAACCAGCCUGUCAUCAAAUGAUUCUAGUUCUAGGACUUCAGAGAUUUAACUGUAAAAUAUUUCCUUUCCUCUGGAUUUGUUCUAAGUGAUUUUAUUUAAGUCAACUAAGGGGAUUUAACAGUGGACUAGAAGUAAUAAACCACCUCAGUUGGGAUUAGUAAUUCAUUAAUAAAAUAUAUUUAACCCAAUAUCAGAGUGAAUUGAACAAUUAAUGCCCUUCCGUAAAUCAUUAUUUUGCACUAACAUGGUCAGUGUUUUAGAUUAUUUUCCUAAUUAAGAGUACAUUACACAACUUGUAAUAUAUUUUUUCUGCAUUAAAUUAGAUAUUUUUAUAUAUUUAAAUGACAGAGUCUGUAUUUCUAACUUUUUAAUUGAAAUUAAUAUUUUUUCUGCCUAUUGAAACAUUUUCUAUAAACACACACCAGUAGAGGCCGCCACACACCUCAUUUAAUAAAGACAUAUGAGCCAUUAAAUACCUUGAAGGAAGACUUCAAAGGUGAGAUUAAAACUUCCCAAGUAAGCUCUCUGGAAAUUCAAGGCAGCAGAGACAAACGCAUACAUUACUUUCUUUUAGGAUUAAAGUUUAGACUCAGAAUCCUUCUCAAUUUUCACAUGUUCAGAGAAAGCAGGUUUUCCUCUCGAGUCUAUUGAAGUGUAAACAGGGUGCUAUCAACUCAUAUACUAUUUGCAUCUCCAAAUUGAUUAAGAAUUACCUAAACCAAGAAAGUAAGCAUCUUUUUUGCUUCUGCCUUCUUUAGGCAUGUGCUACAUGAUUUUUUUCCUUGUGGUGUGAGCGAGCCUUUUGUUUUGGUCUUAGCAUUAAAAUGAUUUUAACUAACCAAGUCUAUAUAACGUUUAUGAAGCCUUAUUAGCCUGUAAGUAAUUUUUAGAUGCAAGCAUUAUUGUGUGAUUUAAACAAACAGCCCUUCUUUACAACAAAAAAUAGUUUUGUUUUGUCUAUUGUAAAUCCUUAUGCAACUGGGAUGGUGAUCUGCAUAUAAAGUAGUCCAGCUUUUCAAAUCCUUAUUAAAGCAAUUGAUGGCGUCUGAAAGAAGCACACUGUUUCCUUUUCAUAAAUAGGUUACUGAACAUAAUAACCCUUUAUUAUCGUGUGGAGAUUGAAGUGGAUCCUCAUAACUUACUUUUAAAGCUUUAAAAUGACGAAUAGUAUAUUGUGUCACUAUAAACAAUUCAUGUGAUAGGCUUUCAAUUAGAAAUUAUUUAAAACCAAAUUAUUUGCAUGAAUAAUGACGGUGCAAAACAAGUUUUUUUAAACAAUAGAAGGUAAUCAUGUCUAUAUAAAUGGAACGGGAGGACAUUCAGGGAAAAAAAUGCCUCUGACAACCUGGAAUCUCUGAAUAUCUACAGUGACAAGCUCACGUGUUCAUUCUUUGAUUAGAGAUCAUAAUUCCUAUUUAAAUCCAUUAGAUCACAAUUGAAAUUCAUGGCCUGAAAUGAUCUACGAGAAAGUUAACGUACAGAGACUUUUACAUUUCACAGAAAAAGAGCUAGAGUAUUAUGCUAGUUGAACUUGGAUAUAGUUCCUGGAAACCACUCCUCUUUGAGUGAAAUCUUUAUAUAUGAGUUUCAAAAAUCCUCUUGUGGCUGCCCUCAUUUGUGCAAUGACAAAUACAGAAUACAAAGGUAGGUAUUUUGGGAAGCGAUUAUGAAGGGAAACUAGCAUACCUAUUCUAUUAAGAUAGUUUUUAGGUUUAAACUAGAUGACUAGAACUAUUGAUGUAGCGAUUCUACUUCAGCGUUUGUUCUUAUUCUCCAGAAAGUCAAGUCAUUCCUGUAAAAUGCCAUUAUCUGCAGAAAAACUAAUUCAUUAAUUUUAAAUAGAGAUAGCUUAAUAUUCAUUUAGUUACAUGAUUCUAAAGAGGCCUCCUGGAAGAAUUCAGAUUCAUAAACUCUCAAUAAUUACGGCUUAAUUCUAGAUUCUCAUGCUUUUUAGAUCUGUACUUUAUUUGUAUUAGGUUUGAAGAUGAAAUCGUUUGAUUUUGCUUCAGACUAUUUCAUUUAAAGGCAUAAUACACCAUAUACUUCGAAGCCUUAUUUUCAAAUGCAAUCAUAAACACUUUAUGUUUAUUAACUUAACAUCCCCACUGACUACAUAUUGUUUUGCUUUCUCCACUUGAGUGCUUUCCAACAUAUUUUAAGAUUUUUAUUUUCAUCUCCUACAGCUGGAUUUUGCUAUUUCACUUUGAUUUCACAUGCAGCUUGUAAUGGGUAUGAGCGU